AUCUGUAUAGGUUCCCCUGGAUUAAACAGGGUCUUCAGCAUCGUGAUAGGUUACAAGCAGAGGGAGGAGAGGAGGUGUGAACUACAUGAAGAUCCACCGCAAUGCUCUGAAGCACUGCAUGCAUGAUACUAGAAACCAUGAGUCGCAGCAGGGUUUGUAUGCAACUGCGGUCAUGUCGCUUUUAUUCCGGUGGUUUGAGAGCCACAUAUCACCGAACCCUGGACCGGAUCGAGUUAAUGCUGACGCCAAAACUGAGACCUCUCUACAAUCACCCUGCUGGACCAAAGACAGUUUUCUUCUGGGCACCAGUUUUCAAAUGGGGUUUAGUUGUGGCUGGAUUUUCUGAUAUGACCCGACCACCAGAAAAGCUCAGCGUCUCCCAGUCCUGCGUCAUAACAGCCACAGGACUUGUUUGGUCAAGGUACUGCAUGGUUAUCAUCCCUAAAAACUGGGCUCUGUUUGCUGUUAACUUUUUCCUGGGGAUAUGUGGCAGCAUGCAGCUCAUUAGAAUAUGGAGAUACAAACAACAACUGAAAGAAGAGGAAGCACUGCAGGCUUAAAUUUCAACCACCUGUGGUCGGUGCAAAGAUUUUCUCCACGGUGUGACUGAGUGCUGAUGAAGAACCUGCCUUAUGUUAUUUUCAGUUACUGUGAUAACCACUUGUGAGCCUUUUUGCACAAAUGAUUUUUCUAGCGAACAAACAAAUUAAACCUUGUGUGAAUUUAAAAUUAUAAAAUUACACUAUUUAAUUGUUUUAUGAUGGUCCUUUUUAAAAUUGUAAUCAUAAUGCAAUGUGUUAUUUAUAUUGCAAGUUAUUCUUCAUUAUUUCUGUUGAUUUGUCAGUCUUAAAGUGUUUUACUGAUAGAACGUCAUUCUGCAUAAUAGUUAUGUUAUCUGUGUAUCAAUGUAUCGUUGAUUUAAUGUAAGUUCACGUAAGGUAUUAAAAAUUUCUAGUCUAA